UUAAAGCACAACACCGAGCACCAUUACCGGUCCUAAAUCAAACCACAAUUAAUGAAGAUCACCUUUCUUCAAUCGGUCGAUCUAACCAUAUCCAAACCCUCCCUCCUCACUUUCAGAUGGCGGAUCUCUCCUUCGCCGGAACCUUCUUUUGCAGCGCAUUCGCCGCUUGUUUUGCCGAGAUAUGUACAAUCCCUCUAGACAUUGCUAAAGUUCGACUUCAACUCCAAAAAAGAGCAGCAGCAUUAGGAGAAGCAUCAAAGUAUAAGGGUCUUUUAGGUACGGUUGCUACUAUAGCACAAGAAGAAGGUUUAAUUGCGCUUUGGAAAGGUAUUAUACCUGGAUUACAUCGCCAGUUUAUAUAUGGAGGCUUAAGGAUCAGUUUAUACGAGCCUGUCAAGGCCUUUUGCGUUGGUGGUGAUAUUCUGGCCGAGGUUUCGUUAUUUCAGAAAAUAGUUGCUGCUUUGAUUACAGGUGCUAUAGCAAUUACAUUGGCCAAUCCAACUGAUUUAGUGAAAGUACGGCUUCAAGCUGAAGGUAAGUUGCCACCUGGCACACCACGGCGCUACACUGGUGCUCUCAAUGCCUACUACACUAUAAUCAAGGAGGAAGGGGUGGUGGCACUUUGGACUGGUCUGGGCCCAAAUAUUGCUAGAAAUGCUACUGUUAAUGCUGCAGAACUCGCUAGCUAUGAUCACAUCAAACAGGUCAUUUUAAAUAUUCCAGGGUUCACGGACGAUGCAUUCACGCAUCUACUCGCUGGUUUAGGUGCGGGGUUCUUUGCAGUAUUGAUUGGUUCACCUGUUGAUGUGGUGAAAUCUAGAAUGAUGGGAGAUUCAGUUUACAAAAGUACAAUUGAUUGUAUGGUUAAAACCUUACGAGUCGAGGGAGCCCUUGCUUUUUACAAAGGAUUCCUCCCAAAUUUUGGUCGGCUAGGAUCCUGGAAUGUUAUAAUGUUUUUAACACUUGAGCAAGUAAAAAAAAUAUUCUGAAUAAAAGAAACCCUGAUUUCUCUUUGGUAAUUCAUGUCGCCACCUGUCAAAGAGCGGAUUUGAAGCCGUUGUUUUCAUGGAGCUGGACAAUCGUAUUACACACUCGAUUUUUUUUAUAAAUGUUGUAAUUUUAACACUUUAUAUAUCCUACCCUUUUUAACAAAACCAUACCAUUUUUAUCA